AUGGCAUUGCUUCUGUAUAGUUUUCCUUGGUUGUGUGGAGCGUAUAGGCUGGUUGGUCGAAACAAAAAGAUCCCUCGUCCACAUUUGUACCUCACAGUUAAAAGAGGAGUGAAGAUAUCGUUUGUACGACGUGAACUUGAAGAGAAAUUCAAGUGUGACGACGCUAAGGAACACUUUGAACUCCUUCGAGAACCUGAAAGAAAACCACAAAUUAAAUAUUUGGGUCUUCUUUUAAGUAAAUUGAGAUGUAAAUCAUCUUCUGUCUCAGCAGCACCUGGUGGUGGUGUAUUAGCUUGCAGUAACCCCAAUUACACCAUGCAAUAAAAACCCUUUAGAUGAAAGAUGAUGUACCUCAGGUCUAGGGAACUGGGACUUUAACCAUGUUUUGCGCCCUCAAUGGACAACAUUAAACACUCACUUUCAUGUUGGUUGUGCAACUGAUGAAAACCGUUUAAACGCGGCUUUCAAUAAAGUAGAUGUUCAGAAGAUGCGCAAUGCACUUAUGAAAGUUAUGCAAAGAAACAGCAAUAUUAUUUUACACAAGGCAAUACAGAGAACAACAAUGAGCCCAUCUUAUUUGGAGACGAUGGAACGGACUGCACGCGUCUUGGUGGUUUUGACAAUUAUCAUUUUGACAACGAAUGUGACAUUUUGUCUCUAAAAGUUUUGGAUGGCGUUAAAAUUAAUUGGAAAAUAGCGGAUGCAACUUCUCCUGAUUGGGAUAGUAUAUGGGAUGAAUUGUAUGAGAGUGAUAGUAAUCCAGUGGAAGUGGAGAAAAUCGUUUUUUCGUCGGCGUUAACCCGUGGUUAUAUUGUUCCUUGUGAUUUUAGUUAA